AUUUGAAUUGUUGCUUUCACGCCACACCCUCAGUUUUAGGGCGUCCUUUCAUUAUACUGAACAAAAGCAGUCUGAAGCUCCACAGAAGCAGAAGAGACACUUUCCCACAGUGGAUUUCACUCAGUAUUUCUGGAAUAAAGCUUCAACAUGCUGCUGCUCGUCCUGUUCGCUGGAUGUUUGGCCUCAUGUGCUGCACAGACGACGUCUUCUUCCUUCUCUACAACGGGUAUAUCGACCAUGAUGCCUACUACUCUCACAGAGAUAAAUCCGUCAACAGAAGCCACAACCCGGGCUGGAUCAGCAAACAAUAUCGUGGCAUUCUUUGACGUAGCUGUUCGCACCAGUCAGGAACCAAGUGAAGAAACACUUGCUCUCAUUAUGAGCCAGAUCCGUCAAACCAUCCUGCGGAUUCGACCAGGUGCAAACUUCACUCUUACUGUAAAGAACAACACCAUAGUCUGAACACUUAUAAGUUUCUGUUGAGUAUUUUGUUCUGUAUCGCUAUAAGAUGGACUAAAAAAUUAGACUACAUCAAGUUAUGUCUCUUAUAUUUGCUAUGAGAUUAUUUUCUUUAGUACCGAAAUGGUCAAAUUUUGCAUUGUUUUUUUUGUUUUGUCUUGUGUUUUUUUUUUUUAAAGAGGGCAUUGAGACUUUGUAAUAACUUUUUCAUCACAGAGAGGUGACGGUGCAGAAAUAUAUAGAGCUGGUGAAAAUGAAUUCAACAUGUCUACAUCUUAAAGGUGCAAUAUGUGAAUUUUUGAAGAUAAAUAUGGCAGCGAGCAACUAUAAGCUCUGAGUGAUGACCUUCCCAGCAGCAAAUGAAGUCUAACCGUCAGCCCUGAACUUCAGCUGCCCAGUAGGGGUUCUGACAGACAGCAGGGUGUCAGCUGUGACAAUAUACCGUGUGACAGGAGAAUGACUUGGAGCUGCUGUAUCCUCCACUAUUAUAUUAAAGCAACGGAAAUAAACUUGUGUUUGUAGUUUGUACUAAAGACUCACUUUUACUCACUCUCAGUUUCAGGAGCAGAAAUUGCAAAACAGUGAAAGCAGAGCUGCUCAGCAGAUAGAAACACAAUGUGAAGCUGAGCCCGAGGAGAGAGUCGCACAAAAAGCUGAAUGUCAGCCUGAUAGCAGAAGAAUCUGUUCAAGAGAUCCAGUGAACGCAAUGCUCCUGGUGGUGAGCUGGAAUUGUAUUUGCUGCUUAGAGUUUUUAGUUCAGUUUAAAGUAAUAAAAGUCAAGAAAAUGGAAGAUGUCAAUUUGAGAGGCGGCGUUAGUAACAUGGUUAGCAACAUGGACGUAAACAAUGUCACUAGUUGGUGGUAAUUCUAAUUUCAUAUUUAAAAACGCUCUACGGAUUCAUAGAAUACAUUGUACAGCUGUGACUUUCUCUCACACAGUAAAAUUGUAGUUCUCCUUCAACUUACUUGAAGUCUGACCUACUUGAUAUCCACCGCCUCCAUGUACUAAAGGCUACAAUCAACUAUUUUGGAUACGGUUUCUUUUAUUUUGUGAUAAUUCAUUGAUAUAAUUCACAGUACACCUCUUCAGAUAAACACAGCAGCUUUUCAGUGUCCAGACCUCAUAAUGGAGGUUUUGUCUAAACAAUAAAUUCCUGAAAGAUAUUCCUUGACAUAUGGAAGACAUCAAAAAGAUACAGAAAAAUGUGUUCUUCCAUUGUCCUACUUUUGUGAAUUAUCCAAAACAGCUGCAGAAAAAUAGAGGUAACAGAAAAAGGUUUGACACAGUUUUACUGUAAUAGUGGCAGCAAAAAGUGAGGAAAAAGAUAAAGUCUUACAAACUUAAAAGGACUUCAACGGAGACGAAAUUUUUCUUUGAAAUGUGGUGUGAAUGGUGCCUUUCUAAUUAAUUCUUCACUUGUUUGAAAAAAUGACAUUUAAACAAAGAAAUGCCAAACGUUUGAUUUUGUGUGUCAGAAAAUGUGUCUGAGAUGUGGAGCUAAAAUAAAAACCAGAAUCACCUCAAAGGUCAAUGUCUUCCUGCAAUAAUGACGCCGUCAGGCUUUUAAACUAUCUUCAGUUGAAGCAGUGACUGCAAACAGUGUGAAAUGGAUCUCAAAACUCUUCAUCUGUACUGAGAAAAACUCAGCUGUAUUUUAAACAUGAAACUGAUACACAUACCUUGAUGUUCCUUUGGAUCAAGUAGCUGUGUCUAAUUGAUGUAAAAAAUAACUUUCUCUAUGCAUUGCUCUCUUCCUGUACCACGUGAUAGCCAAUGUUCUACUGGCCUCUUUUUCCACAUGACCCAUGUACUUCACUUUAAGCCCUCAGCACAGUCUGAGCAGACAUUCAGGAGACGUCUGCAGACUCGAACACAUCCCGGACACUGAACCUCACUGUUCAACAUGGACCUGAGAAUCCUGCUUGUAGCUGCAGCUCUGGUUCUGGGGGCCACACUGACCAGCUCCCUGGCUGACCGGACCUCACAAUGCAAAGUCAAAUGGUUGUUCGGCAUCGCAUGCAGCGAUGUCCAAGGACAGCUGGUGAACCAGAUCAAGGCCUGGCAGAUCAGGCAGAGCUGCCUGUAUGCAGGAGAGAAGUGCUCGUAUGAGCUUGUGUCUUCAGUUCCGUACCUGAUCAAAGCCACGCACACGUCUCCGAACACCAAGAAACUGAGCGACCUUCAGUUUCUUCUGGAGCAGUCCACCGUUUGCAAAGUGACUGGAGAAGCUGUGUCUGAAUUCACCAACGAUCCGGCCGAUAACAGCACCAACUACUGCAGCCUGCAGAACCUCAUGGACGGAAGCAAACUGAUUGACGCUGAGGGCUACAAACAGUUCAGCAACAAGUGGAUCUGUCCCGGCUUUGAUACGGCAAACUGCAGCCUGUCAUAGGAGGACACACUGCUGGAUCCAAAUGUGUUCUAAUAUGAGGAACAACUAGGAGAUCUUUGUGAAAACUAAUAAAAUUAGUUCUUAAUAAUGCAUUUUUCUUUAUUUUUAUGUUCACUGUCACCAUUUGUUAGUAACUUUUUAAAAAUUAUUUCACAAUUUCUUUUACAAAACAAUGAAACUUCCUCAAUAUUUUCUCCAAAAUCAGUUGAAAAACAGUUAUGAGGCAUAAAAUGUUUGUUUCACAUUAAUGGAAUGAAAUACUGAAACUGAAUAAACCAUAUUGACAUUAA